GGAUGUUGUCAAACGUUCUGAACUUUGACUCUUCACUGUUAUCACGUUUCCAUCCUCUCGAACCUUCCUGUGGCUCCAGAAAGGCUGUUCCCCCCAGAUCCAUGGCUACUGAGCGCAUCUCUGACAGCGUGGUUGACGGAAACCCCCAGCAGGCUCUGCAGGCACUAACUGAGGCCUUGCAGGAGGAUCCUGAGAAGGCGGAGUGGUUGUGUCAGCGAGCUUACGCCCACAUACUUCUCAAGAACUACAGCGAUGCAGCUGACGAUGCCAAAAAAGCGCUCCAGCUCCAGCCCAGUCUUCCCAUAGCUUUCCUGCGAACAGGGAUAGCAGAGUUCCACCUGGAACAGUACGAGUCAGCACACGCAGCCUUCACUCAGGGACAGCAGCUGGACGCGUCUGAUAAAUCAUUUGAGAUCUGGAUCAAGACGUGUGAGGAAAUGAUGGCAGAUCAGACAAAGAACGGCGGCGUCAACACGCAGACGCCAGCAGCUCCUCUCGCAAAGCAUGACUGGUACCAGACAGACUCCCAGGUCAUCGUCACAGUCAUGGCCAGAAACGUUCCCCAGGACGGCGUGUGCGUCACCUUCACGGAAAAAGAGCUCUCUGCAAAGAUCCAGAUGGCAUCAGGACAGAUCUACACCCUCCACCUCCACCUGCUGCACCCUAUAGUCCCCCAGCAGAGCAGCUUCAAGAUUCUCAGCACCAAGGUGGAGAUCAAGAUGAAGAAGACGGACGGUGUCAGAUGGGAGAAGCUGGAGGGAGAAGGACAGGAGUCCACCGUCAAACACUUCAAUCCCCAUCUGUACCCGUCAUCGUCCCACUUCACCCAGAAAUGGGACAAGAUGGUGUUGGACUUGGGCGACGAGGAGAAGAACGAGAAGCUGGAGGGAGACGCCGCGCUCAACAAGCUCUUCCAGCAGAUCUACACGGACGGCUCCGACGAAGUCAAGCGGGCCAUGAACAAAUCCUUCAUGGAGUCGGGCGGGACGGUCCUCAGCACCAACUGGAAAGAUGUGGGCAAGAAAAAGGUGCAAGUGAGUCCUCCGGAUGACCAGGAGUUCAAGAAGUACUGAGCACUCCCUUCCCCCCCAGCGUCUCUUCUGUCUCCUCCACCCGUUUCACACGAUCUCUCUUCACAUGUGGGCCUGAGCUCCGGGGGGCCCCUGGUCUCCCGCUCCCUGGCAACUCCUCCGGCCGGUGCUCGGGGAGUAAAACCCACCACAUCGCUGCGGGGCAUUUAAAUCUGUUCAACUGUUCGACUGAUUCCCAUUGAUUUGUUGUGUGUUUUUUAAGGACUCAAAAGGAAAGUAGAUGUGAGCGACAGAGCUAAAACGCAUCAGUACAACCUUCAGAUCAGUUUCAAUCACUCUUCUCGUGUUUCCUUCCUGUUGGGGAGCCUUUCAUCGCCUCUUCUCAUCCAUGCUUGUAUAAAAAAAAUGUAAAGUUGCAAUGAAUUCCAACUCAACUGAUUUUUCUUCCUGUGAGAGGUUAAACAGCGAGACUCGGCCGGCGGCUGAGAACCGGCUGGCACCUGAGUGUGACUCGAGCUUCAGUGUAAAUAAAAGAUUUGUUGUUUGGCUCUAAAA